UAUGAAUCACGGGCGUAAGCCGUCUGAUCCCUGAAGUUCAUCAGACAGCGGACAGGUCCGACCCACGGACGACCAACAUGAGCGAGAGGUUUAUGGUCGUGCCGGUGGCGCACGCAGACGAGAGCGCGUUUGGAGACGACGCGUACAUAGACUCUGUGUUUGACGCCGGUGCCGGUGAGGGCGAACGCGCGGAGCGGCGGGGAUCGGUGCCCAUCCUCCAGUACAGCAGAGAACCCAACAAAUACGGUGAUGGAAACCCAAGGGAAAGCAGCCCGUUCAUCAAUAACACAGAUGAUGAUAAGGGAAAUCUGUAUGAUGGGAAAAACAUGGCACUUUUUGAGGAGGAGAUGGACAGCAAUCCCAUGGUGUCUUCGCUGCUCAGCAAACUGGCCAACUACACAAACCUCACGCAGGGCGUCAGAGAACACGAGGAGGCAGACGAGGAUGAAGGUGCCAAGAAGCCAACAGUCAAGAGUCCACAGAUGGGGACGUUUAUCGGGGUCUACCUGCCCUGCCUGCAGAACAUCCUGGGUGUGAUUCUCUUCUUGCGAAUGACAUGGAUCGUGGGGACGGCGGGAAUCCUGGAGGCCUUUAUCAUUGUGUCCAUGUGCUGCUCAUGUACAAUGUUGACAGCCAUAUCAAUGAGUGCCAUUGCUACAAACGGUGUUGUUCCAGCCGGAGGCUCGUACUACAUGAUCUCUCGCUCUUUGGGCCCUGAGUUUGGAGGCGCUGUGGGUUUGUGUUUCUAUUUGGGCACCACGUUCGCAGGCGCCAUGUACAUCCUGGGGACUAUCGAGAUCCUCUUGACGUACAUAGUGCCCAGCGCUGCCAUCUUUAAGGCGGAGGAGAAGGCAGAUGAGGCAGAUGCCAUGCUGAAUAACAUGCGAGUAUAUGGGACAUGCUGUCUGACACUCAUGGCUCUCGUGGUGUUUGUCGGGGUAAAGUACGUCAAUAAGCUUGCGCUGGUCUUCCUGGCCUGUGUGGUGCUGUCCAUCCUGGCCAUCUAUGCCGGGGUCAUCAAAACCAUCUUUGAACCUCCAGUUUUCCCGGUCUGUUUGUUGGGCAACCGCACCCUGCAGAACCACGACUUUGACAAGUGCAUGAAGACAGAAAUAAUAGACAACGUGACUGUGACCACAAAGCUUUGGUCUCUGUUCUGUAAAGGGCCGGAGCUCAACGCCAGCUGCAAUGAAUACUUCACCCUCAAUAACGUCACCGAGAUCCAGGGCAUUCCCGGCCUCACCAGCGGAGUCAUUUCAGAGAACAUGUGGGGAAAAUACGGUCCCUCUGGCAUGCUGGUGGAGAAAGACAUACCGUCUGUGCCGGCGAGCGACACGUCUCAGGACAAAUACAUGCCGUAUGUGGUCAAUGACAUCACUGCCUUCUUCACGCUGCUGGUGGGAAUCUACUUCCCCUCCGUCACAGGCAUCAUGGCUGGAUCCAACCGAUCUGGUGAUCUGAGAGACGCUCAGAGGUCCAUUCCCAUCGGCACCAUCCUCGCCAUCGCAACCACAACCGUCAUCUAUCUAUCCUGCGUGGUGUUGUUCGGCGCCUGCAUUGAGGGUGUGGUGCUCCGAGACAAGUUUGGAGACUCUGUUAAAGGGAACUUGGUGAUUGGCACGUUGUCCUGGCCUUCGCCUUGGGUGAUCGUGAUUGGCUCGUUCUUCUCCUGCUGCGGGGCGGGGCUUCAGAGUCUCACCGGCGCCCCCCGUCUGCUGCAGGCCAUCGCGCGGGACGGCAUCGUGCCCUUCCUCGAGGUGUUUGGUCAUGGAAAAGCCAAUGGAGAGCCGACGUGGGCUCUGCUUCUGACGGCUCUGAUCUGUGAAAGUGGUAUUCUCAUUGCUUCUCUGGAUGCUGUGGCUCCAAUCCUUUCCAUGUUCUUUCUCAUGUGUUAUCUGUUCGUGAAUCUGGCCUGUGCUCUUCAGACGCUGCUGAGGACGCCCAACUGGAGACCACGAUUCAAAUUCUACCACUGGGCUCUUUCGUUUCUGGGCAUGAGUUUGUGUCUGGCUCUGAUGUUCAUUUCCUCCUGGUACUACGCUCUGGUGGCCAUGCUCAUCGCUGGAUGCAUCUACAAAUACAUCGAGUACCGCGGGGCGGAGAAGGAAUGGGGCGACGGGAUCCGCGGUCUGUCGCUCAACGCGGCACGAUACGCUCUUAUUAGAUUGGAGGAGGCGCCGCCACACACCAAAAACUGGAGGCCUCAGGUGCUGGUGCUGCUCAAUCUGGACGCUGAGCUGUCGGUGAAACACCCUCGUCUCCUGUCCUUCACCACGCAGCUGAAAGCGGGUAAAGGUCUGACCAUCGUGGGCUCGGUAUUGGAGGGCACGUACCUCACCAGAGACGGCGACGCCAAAAGAGCAGAACAGAAUGUCAAAUCAGCCAUGGCCGCAGAGAAGACCAAAGGUUUCUGCCAUGUUGUGGUGUCGUCAAACCUGCGAGACGGCAUGUCUCACCUCAUCCAGUCAGCGGGACUCGGAGGAAUGAAGCACAACUCUGUUCUGAUGGCUUGGCCCAUGAACUGGAGACAGUCCAAUGACCCGCAGUCCUGGAAAACCUUCAUAGAAACCAUCCGAGAAACCACUGCCGCCCAUCAGGCCCUGCUGGUGGCCAAGAACGUGGACAGUUUCCCGCAUCAGGAGCGUCUCGGUGAAGGAACUAUCGACGUGUGGUGGAUCGUUCAUGAUGGCGGGAUGUUGAUGCUUCUGCCGUUCUUACUGCAACAGCACAAGGUGUGGAGGAAGUGCAAGAUGCGCAUUUUCACCGUGGCUCAGUUGGAUGACAACAGCAUCCAGAUGAAGAAAGACCUGCAGAUGUUCCUCUACCACCUCCGACUGAAUGCUGAGGUGGAGGUCGUGGAAAUGCAUGACAGUGACAUCUCAGCGUUCACCUAUGAGAAGACGCUGGUGAUGGAGCAGCGCUCACAGAUGCUGAAGCAGAUGCAGCUGUCGAGGACGGAACGAGAGCGAGAGAUUCAAAGCAUCACGGAUGAGUCGCGUAGCUCCAUUCGGAGGAAGAACCAGAGCGGCGCUCACGGCUCGGCCGCCAAUAACCAGAACGCACGACUAGAUGACGAUAAACAAGACGAGGCUCAGCUGAUCCACGACAGAAACACGGCGUCUCACGCGGCGCUGAACGACAAGACCGACGCCACGCCGGAGCGAGUCCACAUGACCUGGACCAAAGAAAAGUUCUGCGCCGAGCGCAACCGCAACCGAGAGCCCAACGCGAACAUGGCGGUGCGGGACCUGUUCAACAUGAAACCCGAAUGGGAGAGUCUGAAUCAGUCUAAUGUGCGCUGCAUGCACACGGCCGUCAAACUCAAUGAAGUAGUGGUCAACAAGUCUCAAGGAGCUCAUCUGGUGCUCCUCAACAUGCCUGGACCGCCCAGGAACAGGGGCGGUGAUGAAAACUACAUGGAGUUUCUGGAGGUUAUGAUGGAGGGUCUCAACCGGGUCCUGUUGGUGCGUGGCGGCGGUCGUGAAGUCAUCACCAUAUACUCAUAAAGAGGAUUCAGCCGACGCCCCGCCGGCAGGAAUUCUUGAAUUUUUUUUCCACAGCAAAGCCGGGCGUCUUGGAGAAAGCUAGCGGUCGGGGUUUACAGCGGUGUUACGUCCGGCUGCGUUUGUUACAGGACAGUGACGUUUGCGGCCCUCCUGAAGAGACUCAACAUGAAGAAAGAAGACGAGCGAUGACUCGAUUCAUACCACGACACUUUAAUUUAUGACUCUUGUAUUGUUUUCUUUUAUUCGUUCGUAGAAUCUGUGCUAGUUUUUAUGUCUGUUUGUUGUGCAACAUUUGGUUUUUCAAAAGGCUGAAGACUUUUCAAAGCGCGUACUUCAGUGUUUUUGAUUGACACAAAAGCAGGCGUGUUUUAUAAAAGUAAACGUUUGAGUUGCUAACGCCUGUUUAAUAUCAAUUCAUUCGUCUCCGUCGUGAACCGGCAUUGCUUUUUUAUUUGCAUAUGCUAGCUACGAUUCAACUUCUCACUUGACAUCCAAAACAACAUCAACUUUCAGCAAACCAGGCCGUGAAAUGUGCAUUCUUGUGGUGAAUCCAUAUCUGAGAUGCGAAGACGCACUUUUACUGUUAUCAAGGGAAUGUUUGAGUUUUUUACGUCGGCUAAUUUUAACAAUAAUGCAGCGCAGAUGAUGAAUGUGUCGGAUGACGUUACUGACUUCAUGAUACGGAUUGUGCAAUAACUUUUAUUCAUUAUCAAGACAUCACUAGCUGAGCGUGACGUCCACUUACUGAGGUUUUGUAUUCUAAAAGUUGAAAUGUUUAGGAGAAAAGCCAUAAUGUUUGGUCUCGUUAUCGAGUACUGAGGAUUUGUUUUGGCUCCAUCUUGGCAUGAAUCGGUGAAAUCAGUUUAAUCGGGAUGAUUUCAGCUGUGUUGGCACUUUUUAUUCGAUUUUUUUUUUUUUUUUUUUUUUUUUUUCUUUUUUUUCUUUUUUCUGUUAGUUGUCUGAUAAAAGCACAGGGCACGACUGACCCGUCCAGCACAACAUUUGCUGAUGAUCAGAACCAGCACUGCGAAAUCUCUUUCUCUCAGCAAUAAAUGUGUUUUCCAAUAAGCUGGAAGAAAAUUUGGUUUCUGUCUUGACAUUCAUGUUUUUGGGUUGCCUGGUAUUUUAAACAUGGAGAAUCCAUAAAUUAAACAGCAUUACUAGUAGAGCAACGUGUAAAACUCUCUAGUUAACAAUAGCAAUCUAAUAGGAUCUAGUGGCAUCAAAUAGAAUUGCAGUUUGUUUGAGUGACAGCUGAGCUGGACAUUUGCACAACCAGUGGAGAACGUUUCGGGGCGGAGCUAUUGGUUUUUGACCAAUGGCUGAUGAGGGGAGUGUUUAACAUUUGUUUGAAAACACUCAUUAUGUUUAAAAUCAAUUAUUAUGUUUAGAUGAGCACAAUCGUAAUGCAUUUUUAGCUAGUUUUACAACAUUUUAUUUUUCCUGUUUUAUUCUUACACACCGUGUCCUUACCAUUAAAUAAAUCGAUAAGCCGUAUCUGUUAAUCUGAGCUGUGAUACACCUGAUUGGUCCAAGAAUCACUGCAUAUUAAACAGCUAGUUGGUUAUGCUGGGUUAUAUCUACUUUCCACAUUAAUUCAACUUGGUUAGGACACGGUGUCAAAUGUACACUGCCGUUCAAACUAAUGUUUUUUUUUUUUUUUUUUUUAAAGGAAUAUAUUUUUAUUCAGCAAGGAUGCAUUAAAUUGAUUAAAAGUGACAGUCCAGAUAUUUAUAUUGUUACAAAAGAUUUCUGUUUUAAAUAAAUGCUGUUCUUUUGAACUUUCUGUUCAUCAAAGAAUCCUGAAAAAUAAAAACAUAUGAACUGUUUUUAACACUGAUAAUAAGCAGAAAUGUUUCUUGAGCAGCAAAUCAGCAUAUUAGAAUGAUUUCUGAAAGAUCACGUGACAUUGAAGACUGGAGUGAUGAUGCUGAAAAUUCAGCUUUGAUCACAGAAAUAAAUUGCAUUUUAAAAUAUAUUCACAUAGAAAACGGUUAUUAGAAAUUCUAAUAAUAUUUCACAUUUUACUGUAUUUUUGAUCAAAUAAAUGCAUCAAAAUAAUUUUUAAAAAUCUUACAGACCCCAAACUUUUGAACGGUAGCAUCUGAUUCUGAGUUCUAGGAAAAAGUGUGCCAAAAAUAAAUGAUUAGAAACUGCAGAAGGUCAAACACCUUCAGUGGGUUUGUUUCCAUCCGAGUUUAAGACGUUAAACGUCCGUCUUAGUGUUUAUACCUGGCAGUUUCUUUGAAACCCCUGUCAGCGGUGCAGUAUUUUGUUACCAGUACAUUAUUACUGUAUUUUUCUACAGUGUGUUUUGACGUAGCGGAGGCAGACGGAUGUGUUUAGGUCAUCUUAUGUUAUGUUUUCUGAGGAUGUAGUUUCUGCACUGCUGAAUGUCUUUCCCUUUAGGAGAAAUUGUGAAUAUUAGAACAUGGAAAAUCCUGGGACAUUAUGUUUUUUUGUUUGUUUUUUUUGUUUUUUUUUAAUAUGUGUUUAUGUGGUCAUUUCUGUUAUUCAUUCAACAUGCCAUAGUUUUCCGUCACUCGUUGUAAACUGAAAAUUUUGAGGAGUUAUUUGUUAUUUUAAAGGACCUGAAGAUUACUGAACCAGUUCAACAUACACAUGUACAGUUAUACAAUUUCCCUUUCUUUAUUUCAUUCACCAAAGAUACACUGAGGUGUUUGUGUCAUCUCUGACUGAUAGAUAUGGAAAUUAAAAUGUAAAUGUCAGAAUAAAACAACAGCUUAAGAGCAGAUGAUGAUGAUGAAGACUGCUGGGAGUUCCUCAUGUAGUGUGUUUAAUAGACAGACUCACUUAUAUAGAAUUCUAAUUCUGCAUAGAAUUCUAAACUCUACACAAGUUCUAUGCAAAUUGUUGGCACAAUUUAUUGGAAUAUUUUUAGAAUUUAUAACCAGUGGGGUUCUAAAAUUCUAAAAAUGUAAACAGAAAAAUGUUACAAUGUUACAGUGUAUGUAUAUGUGUAUAAAUUACAUUGUUACAUUAUAACAUUUUGUCUGUUACUUUGAAACAUUCUAAACAUCCUGUUUCUUGGCAGGUUUAAAUUAGAUUUAAAAAAAAUGGCUUCUCCGAUUUUUAAAUCCCUCUGGUAUGUGUAUCAUAUAUUGAUAGAUGCUCUGUAUUUUCAACUCAGUUUAACACAUUUAAUUUAAAUCCAUGUUUUCUCCAAAAUCAGCAUGGAAAUGUAAACAGGCUGUAUCUUCUGUCUGGGUCUGUUCGUAGGUCACUCAAUGUCAUCUACCUCACAGUGUGUGAUGGUUUCACUCGCAUCCGGUGUUGUACGAUGGGUCAUGCUUGUGUUUGUUUUUUGUUGUUUUGUUAAAAUAAGAAUCAUCUGUCAUUUCAGAACUCCGUCUGUUUGAAAGAAGACCACAGGUGUGUGUGAGUGUGUGUCACCUGAAUGUACUGAUCGUGUGAAUGUGUGUCAGGUGUCUUCACCGUGAAGCUGCUCUCGGGUCAUAAACUGAUCUGAGAUCUGCAUCAUGAGAAGCUCUCAGCCGCUGUGAUGGCGAGCGUCACAGACUCUGGUAGGAUGUUACUCAUGGGUGUGUAGUGAAGGAUCUCCCUUUAAGUGAAAUUCGUGCCUCUGAGUAAUUGGAAUAAAAGUGCUACAGUA